AUGUUUAAACAAGGAGAGGGUAAAUUGAUAGCAGUUCGUCGAUUGAUACAAGAAGGCUUAAAACCACCUGCAUUGGUGUUUGUUCAAUCAAUUGGACUUGAUAAAGAACUAUUUCAUAUGACGAUGAAAAAUACGGGUUUUGAAUUAUAG